AUGGUCAAAGAGGAGUUGAUUAGAGUGCCUGAGGGGCAUUGUUGGGUACAGGGGGAUAAUCUGGAGUGGAGCCGUGAUAGUAGGUUGUAUGGACCGUUGCCUUUGGGGCUUAUCAAGAGCAAGGUUCUUGCGGUGGUUAUGCCACUUCGGGACGCGAAGUGGGUGGGGAGUAAGACGGAUCUUGUGGACCCGGUGGGAAAGGAGAGGGAAAGUGGCAAAAACAACACCGACCACUUAGAACGAGGUGUAGUACCUCAGACUAGUGUCAACAUUGCGAAAACAACCACGAUCCAAAGCUGUCAUCCCCUAAUUGCCAGAAGCCUCGGGGUGGUGAAUGGCAUACAUGUGGUUGAUGAAAGCCUCGUCAUUGAAACGAUUCUGCUCUUCGUCAUCUUCAAGAUCUUAACUAUCUUCCUCAAAAGCGGGAGCCAUGGCCUGCAGUUGGAGUUCUACACCAUGUUGUACCUCAAGCACGCGAUCGAGAUGAGAGGCAUUCUCACCAUCGAAACCAUCUGGCCCUCGAAGUUCAAACAGACGCUGGAUCUCAAGAUCUAA